AUGGCCGCCACAGCUCCAGUUCCCUCGCUGAGCUUCUCGCGACCAACCUUCGCAAAGCUCUCGCCUCACCCUUACCUCCUCACGAACCUCACCGACCCCGAGAACCCUUGCCGUACCAACGGUCGCGCACCGCACGAGGCCCGUCCCAUUCACAUCCACACCUCCUCGCUCGCCCACGCCAACGGCAGCGCGCUCGUCCGUACCGGCGACACCACGGUCGUUUGCGGCGUCCGCGCCGAGAUCCUCCCCGUUACCAGCAUCCCCCAAUACAGGCCCCGGGAACCCACUUACAGCGAAGACAAUGCCGAAUAUGAGGGUAGCGAUCUCGACGAACUAAAGGACUACGACCUCCUGGUCCCCAACAUCGAGCUAGCCACCGGCUGCGCGCCGCAGUUCCUGCCUGGCGUGCCACCCACGACGCUGGCGCAGACCCUCAGCACGCGCAUCUACUCGCUCAUGCACAGCUGCAAGGUGGUAGAUCCUAAGGGCUUGAGGGUGUGGUACACUCCGCCUAAGGAACCCAAGGAAGAAGGCGCGAUGGAGGUGGAUGAGGCACAAGACGACGAAGAAGAGGAGGAAAGGAAACCGGAGCUCAAGGCCUACUGGGUCCUCUACAUCGAUCUACUGUUCGUCUCGUUUGACGGAAACCCCUUUGAUGCAGCCUGGGCGGCCGUCAUGGCGGCGCUGCGCGACACGAAGCUGCCUGCGGCAAGGUGGGAUCCGGAUCGUGAGGCGGUGGUGUGCUCGCGGAGCGAAGAGGCGAAGACGGCGCUGGGUGUGCCUGGACUGCCUGUUGCCUGCACGGCGACGGUGUUCUUGGAGAAGGAGCAUGGAGAGGAUUCGGGUGCCUCGGCAGAGAGGAAAAGCAGGCACUGGAUUCUGCUGGAUCCGGAUAGGUUGGAGGAGAGCCUGUGCAAGGAGACCGUCACGGUGGUGGUGGACUGCAGCGGGGAAGAGACCAAGGUCAAGAGCAUUGAGAAGCACGGUGGUACGGUGAUUGGAAGAGAGUUGAUGAGGGGCUUCGUUGGUGUUGCUGAGGGGAGGUGGAGGGAGGUUAAGGAUGCGUCGAAGUAG